AUGGCUCCUCCUAGUACCAUCCCUGUGCCUGGUGUUGACCACGGCGAACGCAUUCUUGCUGCUGUAGUCGAGGAACGAGCCAAAAACAAUAGCUCAAGUCCAUGGCUCUCUAUCCCAGUGGAUGAGAAUAAUCUCUCUCUGGGCUUCCGAGACAUCACCUUCAAACAGCUGAACAACUAUGCGAAUCAUGCGGCGCAGUGGCUGAUUAAAGCCCUACCUAAUUCUGAGGAAUUCCAGCGCCUUGCGUACUCUGGUCCCAAGGAUCUAAGAUACCCGAUUCUGGCCAUUGCAGCGGCCAAGGUGCAGAAAGUGAUGGUACUUCCCUCGCCAUUAGUUACAGCAAAAGCUCAGUUGAAUAUCUUUGAGAAAACAGGCUGUACCCUUUAUCUGAGACCCCAGGAGAGCGCUGCUUCUGUGGCAGAGAUUCUUAAAGACGCGCCUCACAUCCAUACUAUCACUGUGCCCGCUCUGGGCGAAUUUUUCAAUGAAAUAGAGGCUAUCCCUGUCAAUUAUUCCAAGUCAUGGGAGGAAGGCAAAGAUGAUCCAUGGCUUGUUUUUCACACCUCGGGAACAACGGGGAAUCCCAAACCUAUCACAUAUACACAUGAAAUGAUGGCCGGAGUUGAUGCAGCGGCUAGUCGUUCUGACAUCGAAGAGUGUGUCAUUCAUCAGUUUGCUCAACAGAGGUGGUAUAGUCCUUUACCAUCACUUCACUUUGUGGGCAUGGCCAUGACCUUGGCAAUGACCACUUUCUUACACAUGACAGCGGUACUAGGUCCAUCUACUCCUCCAUCCCCAGAAGUAAUUACCAAUGUCUUGCGUUAUGGAAACGUUAAGGGUGCCUUACUUCCCCCAAUACUCAUUGACAGUCUCUGUCUCUCCCCUGCUGGCCUUCAAGCUCUUCGGGAGCUGAAAUAUAUUCAUUUCGCCGGUGCUCCAUUGUCAGCUAAGUCUGGAGAGCUUCUUGUCCCGUAUACAAAGGUUGUGCCCGCUAUUGGAAGCACUGAAACCGGUGGUUAUUUUACAGCUUGUCACGACAAGGCGGAUGCGUGGGAUUUUGUUACCUUCCAAAAACAUGCCGGUGCCAUUUUUGAACCUCGAGUGAACAAUUUACAUGAAUUGGUCUUCAUUCGUGAUCCAAGCUGUUCAAUGCAACAAAUAUUCACUGUAUACCCGGAUCGCGACCGAUUUGAGACCAAUGAUCUAUGGAUUGAACAUCCCGAUUACAAAGGUCUAUGGAAGAUCAUUGGCCGGACAGAUGACUAUGUGUGUCUGUCCCAUGGAGAAGGACUGCAUGCGUCCCUUUUGGAACCGGAAAUUAAAGCCCAUCCCAGUGUUAAAAAUGCUUUAAUUGGAGGACAGGGAAGGCCACAGCCUGUACUACUCGUGGAGCUCAUUGGAAGUGCAGAGCAAAAUGGAUCUCCCGGAGACUUCAUAGAGAGCUUGAGACCCUAUAUUGAGAAGGUCAACUCCAGCUGUCACGAGGCGGUCCAAAUUUCAUUGGAUAAGAUCAUCAUAGCCUCAAAGGAAAAGCCAUUUAUCGAAACUAUCAAGGGUAGUGUGGCGAGGUUGCAGACUUUAGCUUUGUACGAGGAAGAAAUUGCCGCACAUUUCUUUUGA